AUGGAGUCUUAAUAUUAUUUUUUGAAUAUGUAUCUAUUAGGAAAUUUUAAUAGGCCGUUUUGCAAUAUUUUCCUUGGUUUUAUUUUCUUAAAUUUAAUGGAGGUAAAUGAGGAUUUCUUAUUAAGUUUUAAAUUUGAUUUGUUAUUUUUUUUGAUUCUAUAUCAGGGUUAGGGUUACCGAAAUAUUCAAAAAUAGAUUUUAGAAUAUUAUAAAAAGAGUUUGUAAAAUAUUUAUAUUUAGUAAGUAUUUUUUAAUAAUUUAUUUCGGAUUUUAUUUGGUUGUCUUUUUUUCGUUUUUCUUCAAGAAAAAGUUUAUCUUGAUAUAUACAUUAAUCUUAAUUGUAAGGCAAAUAUUAUGGAAAAUAUGUUCGUAAUAUUUAAUUUGAUAUUAAUAGUUUAUUUUUAUCUAUAAACAUUUUUAAAAAUUUAUUUACUUUUCGCAAUACUUCGAUUUCUGACGGAAUAAGGAAAUCAAAAAUAUUUGUUAAUAAGUUUGAAGGAAGAAUUUAAAAAAUUAGUUAUUGAUUCUAGAACAUUUUUUAUAUUAAUUUAUUAUUUUUUUAUUUAUUUUUUAUUUUAUUUUAAUAAAGUGUUCUUUUAAUUUAGUUUUUUUGUUUUAUUAAAUGCGGAUUAAAUCUAACUAGAAUUUUUCUAUUUUAAUUUUUAUUUUUUUAUAUAGGAAAUAAUAUUCUUAAUAUUUAACUUUAUUCUAAUUUAAAAAAAAAAAAAUAUAAUAAUAUUUGUUGAUUUAAUAUAUAUAAAUAAAUAAUAUUAAUUUAAAAAAAAAAUAUUUAUAUUUAUAUAAAAAUAAAUUAAAUUAUCUUAUAAUAUAAAUAUAAAUUAUUUAUAAAAAAUGAUUAUAAAUAACAUUGUUGUCUAUAGUAUAAAAAAAAUCUAUUUUAAAAUGAUAUUUUGUAUAUUAAUUAUAUUAAUGAAUUUAAAAUUUAUAUAUAAAUUUUUAUCAAAAAUAUAAUAAUAGAAAAAAAAAAUGUAUAACACUUUUUUUAUAAUUAAUUCUUUAAAAAAUUCUAAAAGAUAAUAUAUAUAUAUAAAAAAUUAAUAUAUAAUAAAAUAAUAUAAAAAAAUAAAUAAGGUUUUUGAAAUAUGA